UUAUAUACACAAUAAAUAAUAUAGCGUGUGUUUAUAUGUGUCUGUGUGUGUGUGUGUAUAUAUAUAUAUUAUUCAUCACUAAAAGCUCAAAGUCCUCACCUUUUUCCUCAAUUUUGGAAGUCUAUUUUAUUUUAUUCACCAAGGACAGCCCACCCAUCUCUCCCUUUCUCUCUCUCUCUCAAUAAAAAAACAAGAAGAUAAUGUCUUCCACUUUCUUUUUCUCUUUCUCAGAAAACUUCAUCUUUCAGUAUUGACUUUUAAGCUAUUGGGGGAGGAGGACCCAUUUCUGAGUUUCUUCAAUUGUUUUUUGUAGGUAAAAAGAAAAAAUAAAAUAAAAUAAAAUCAUUCCCAUUUAUCUGUAUAUUGUGCUCUGAGAUUGUCAAAUCCUUUGUUUAUUGUUGUGGGAAUGAUGAUGAUGUUCGAUGAGAUGGGACUCUGUGGUGAUCUGGAUUUCUUAUCUGCCCAUCAAGCGGGAGAAAUAGCUGUCCAACAGGCUGAACCGGAGGCCACUGGUGAGGAUGAUUAUAGUGAUGAGGAGAUAGAUGUAGACGAGCUUGAGAGGAGGAUGUGGAGGGACAAAAUGCGCCUCAAACGUCUCAAAGAACAAAGUAAGGGUAAGGAUGGGAUUGAAAUUGCAAAGCAACGACAGUCCCAAGAACAGGCAAGGAGGAAGAAAAUGUCAAGGGCUCAAGAUGGGAUCUUGAAAUACAUGUUGAAGAUGAUGGAAGUUUGCAAAGCUCAAGGCUUCGUUUAUGGUAUUAUUCCGGAGAAGGGAAAACCGGUUACUGGGGCAUCUGACAAUCUUCGAGAAUGGUGGAAAGAUAAAGUCAGGUUUGAUCGUAAUGGCCCGGCUGCCAUAGCCAAAUACCAAGCUGAUAAUUUAAUUCCUGGUCAGCAUGAUGGCUGUAACUCAAUUGGUCCAACCCCAAGGACCUUGCAAGAGCUCCAAGACACCACCCUUGGUUCUCUGCUAUCUGCCCUGAUGCAACACUGUGACCCUCCUCAGAGGCGAUUUCCCUUGGAGAAAGGUGUGCCUCCACCAUGGUGGCCUACAGGAAAUGAGGGUUGGUGGCCUCAGCUGGGUUUGCCAAAGGAUCAAGAACCUCCACCUUAUAAGAAGCCUCAUGAUUUGAAAAAAGCAUGGAAAGUAGGUGUUCUCACGGCUGUUAUCAAGCACAUAUCUCCUGAUAUUGCUAAGAUCCGGAAACUUGUUAGGCAAUCAAAGUGUUUGCAAGAUAAGAUGACGGCCAAGGAGAGUGCUACCUGGCUAGCCAUCAUUAACCAGGAGGAGGCCUUGGCGCGUGAGCUUUAUCCUGAUUCUUGCCCCACUCUCUCCUCGGCUGUGGGGAGUGGAUCUUUGGUGAUUAAUGAUUGCAGCGAGUAUGAUGUUGAAGGGGCUGAAGAUGAGCGGAGCUUUGACGUGCAGGAGUGCAAACCUGACAAGUUUAGUUCAUCCAAAUUUGGGAUUGAGAGAAUGAGGGAAGGGCUUUCUCUUCAUCAGACACCUUAUCCAAUUAAGGGAGAGGUUAUCAGUAACAUAGAUUUCAUAAGGAAACGGAAGCCAACCAGUGAUUUAAACAUGAUGAUGGAUCAGAAAAUUUACACCUGUGAGUUUCUUCAGUGUCCUUACAGUGAACUACAUCUUGGUUUUCUUGACAGGACUUCCAGGGACAAUCAUCAAUUGACUUGCCCUUACAGAAGCUGUUCUUCGGAGUUUGGAGCAUCAAAUUUCCAUCAUGAUGUUAAACCUAUCAUAUACCCUCAAUCCUUUGGUCAAACCAAGCCAGUUCCCCCACCAGUUAACUCCGGCACACCGUCCUUUGAUCUAUGUGGACUUGGUGUCCCUGAAGAUGGGCAAAAAAUGAUAACUGACCUAAUGUCCACAUAUGAGAGCAAUGUUCAAGGAAAUAAGAAUGUAAGUCCCGGCAGUGCUCCCAUUGAAAAUCAGAAUCAAACUCAGCAGCCAAAGUUUCAGCAUCAACAAGAAGAGUAUUUCCGCAGUCAAGGAGUUGGAUUGGAGGGGAAUCACCAGGUCUUUUCUCAAGAUGAAGGUCUAUUUGGCCGUUUUAAGGCUUUGAAUCCUCCAUUUGAGGGUAACCACAACAACUGCAACAGCAACGGCAAUGGCAACUUCCAGUUGAUGUUUGGAUCUCCAUUCGACUUGUCCACGUUCGAUUACAAAGAAGAUCUUCCUGCUCUUGCAAUGGAGAAACAGCAGCAGGAUGUUUCGUUGUGGUACUAAUGAAAGCGCUUAAAUGUAUCCCCUCUUGUCUGUGAAGUUGUUUUUUUAUAGAGUUAAGAGACUCCUUGAUUCUGCUUGAUCAAGUUGAACUUGGCUGGAUCUGUUGUUAGUUUUUCUACCUUUCACUUGUAUUCUUAUAUGAUUUUUAGAAUUAAGGUUAGAAAAAAAAGGCCUUAGCUUCAUCAAAUAAUGGAUGUGUGAUGAGGGUCUUACAAGCUACACUGUUGUUUGUUAAUUUUAUGUAUGUUAUAUAAAUAAGUUAGGUUA